GGCACCGGUUGAAGAGGCGUGUUCAGAGAUGGUGGUGCAUUGAAGAUGGCGGCGGUGAGAGCGAACGGCCAUCUGAACCCAAUAAAUAGAAAAGUCUUGUGAUAAUUGAGGUCUUCAGAAAAGCUUUGUGUAAUUAGGUCUGGCUGAAGAUCUCGCUUCCCGGGAUGGACAGUGCUUAGAGUGGGCAACGUUUAAGCUGAAUGCAUUGUGAUUUCCAAUAAUUGAGACAGUAAUAUUUUAAAAGCUGUCUACAUUAAUGAAAAGAACAAUGUAGUCAGCUUAGCAUAUUCAACCAUGUACAUGAAUACUAUUAAAUAGAUGUUUUGAGCUGUGCAAUGAACUCAUGCAUGUGUUAGGGCUGCUGAUUAUUUAACAUAAGAGUUAUCUUACCCACGCAUUCUCCCAUAGUGUUUACUACAGCUUUUAUGUGAAAUUAGUUAUGGAUGUGAAUGAGAUUUUACCUCCCCUCCCAUUGGAGCCGCCAGACUCUGUAUUGGCAGAAAAUGAUUUCUUUAUCGCACCUCCACCACCUCCCCUGCAAACGUCCAGUGACGCAGAGGAAAUGGACGUUAGCUCUGGUGGUGAUGGACACCAACACACCCCAGCAGAGGACAGGGACGAACAGCUCUUCCUCAACAAGCGUACAUUGUCUUUUAGUAGCUCAUUAGAUAUUCCUGACCCCAUGGGCACGUGCCCUAGAACCGCUCGACACGCUCCACCAGUCACUAAGUUCUUACCUGAUCUCAAACUCCUUAAAGAUGUAAAAAUCAGUGUCAGUUUUACUGACAGCAGUAAGCGCAAAGACAGGAAGGUGUUGUACACUGGUUUGGGGCAGGGUAGCGAUGAAGAUCAGACCCUAGAGAACCUGAAUGGUGAAUUUGAUUAUUGUUUAGAGCAGGGAGGUGUGCCGAGCAGCUCGGGCACAAGCUACAAUGCUCUAACUAUACCUAGAAACAGUGAAGAGAUGGAGGCCGGGCAGGAGAACAAGGUCGAAUUUGCUGUGCUGGACGACUUGGAAGAUUUCAGCGAGAACUUUCUGGAAGUGGAAGAUGGAGAGCCGAGUGGUUUCAUGUCUGAGAUGAUUGUUCAGCACGAGCAAGUGCGUGAGGAGGACCUGAAUUACUCCUAUGAGGAGGACUUUGACAAUGAUGUAGAUGCUCUGCUGGAGGAAGGCAUGCCCAUGCCUAAGAAAAGACGUCUGGCUGAAGACAAGUACACUGCAGACAGUGAUCACAAUUCAGAUGGGGAGGCAGGAGUUCAGCCCAUGAUGACCAAAAUUAAGACGGUUCUUAAGAGUCGUGGACGACCGCCAACUGAGCCAUUACCUGAUGGAUGGAUCAUGACAUUCCAUAACUCCGGCAUUCCAGUCUAUCUUCACCGGGAAACCAGAGUUGUGAGCUGGUCUAGACCCUACUUUCUUGGAACAGGAAGCAUUAGGAAACAUGACCCACCAACCAGUAGCAUUCCCUGCUUGCACUACAAGAAAAUGAAGGAACAAGAGGAGAGGGAACGCAACGGAGAAGUGACUCCAAAUGCUGAGGUGUCUCCAGUGAAAUCGGGAGAAGAGAGCACCUCGCUGGAAAGAGCCGAUGAGCCUGACUCUACUGCCACCGAAGAGCCAACAGGCAGAGCAACGUCAGAAGAGCCAGAUGAGGGGCCUUCAACGGGGAAGGACUGCCAAGCCAGUGAUACUACACAGGGAGCUCUGGGCCAGGUCAAAGCCAAGGUGGAGGUCUGCAAAGAUGAGUCUGUCGAAAUUGAGGAGUUCAGAAACUACCUAGAGAAGUGCUUCGAUUUUGAGCAAGUGACAGUAAAGAAGUUUCGGACAUGGGCCGAGCGCAGGCAGUUCAACAGGGACAUGAAGAGAAAGCAAGCCGAAUCUGAGAGGCCCAUCCUGCCGGCCAAUCAGAAGCUCAUAACGCUGUCUGUGCAGGAUGCACCCACAAAGAAAGAGUUUGUUAUCAACCCCAAUGGGAAAUCAGAGGUUUGCAUUUUACAUGAGUAUAUGCAAAGAGUCCUCAAGGUGCGACCAGUUUACAACUUUUUUGAAUGUGAAAACCCUAGUGAACCCUUCGGAGCUUCAGUCAUUAUAGAUGGUGUUACGUAUGGCACAGGAACAGCAAGCAGUAAAAAACUUGCCAAGAAUAAAGCUGCUCGAGCAACACUGGAAAUCCUUAUUCCUGAUUUUGUGAAACAGACGUCUGAAGAGAAGCCCGCAGAUGGGGAUGAACUGGAGUAUUUUAAUCAUAUCAGUAUUGAAGAUUCAAGGGUGUAUGAGCUGACCAACAAAGCAGGUUUACUCUCCCCGUAUCAGAUCCUUCAUGAGUGCCUUAAGAGAAACCAUGGGAUGGGCGACACCAGCAUCAAGUUUGAAGUGAUCCCAGGAAAGAACCAGAAGAGUGAAUACGUCAUGACUUGUGGGAAACACACUGUUCGCGGCUGGUGUAAAAACAAGAGGGUGGGGAAGCAGCUGGCGUCACAGAAGAUUCUCCAAAUGCUUCAUCCACACGUGAAGAACUGGGGCUCGCUGCUGCGCAUGUAUGGCAGAGAAAGCAAUAAGAUGGUCAAAAAGGAGAACUCUGAUAAGAGCGUGAUUGAGCUUCAACAGUUUGCCAAAAAGAACAAGCCAAACCUUCACAUCCUCAACAAACUACGAGAGGAGAUGAUGAAACUAGCUCGGGACAGGGAGGAAGCGAGAAAGAAGCCGAAGAUGACUAUAAUGGAGUCUGCUCAACCCGGCAGCGAACCUCUGUGCACUGUUGACGUCUAACAAACCCUCGCCCAACAUGUUGUGAUCUAGAUAGCACUGACCAAUGGUAAUGGUUUUAACAAAAGGUCAACUUACCAUUACUGAAUUAUGCAUUUCUUCGGCAAUACUAGUUACAUUUUAUCCGAUUUCUCGAGUUCCCAUUCCGAUUACGGUCCCUAACUUAUGGGUUUCAUAACAUUCAUACGUGGACUAUGAAAAGACCGAAUGAGCAUUUUAGAAAGUACCUCCAGAUGCACUUCUGCACCCGCAAGUGCAAAUAUAAAUCGAUUCAGCUGAUGGCAAAAAUGUCUCUGUGAAUCGAAGUAAACGGUAAUUAUGUAUGUUGAAGUAUUACAGUUGCUUUUAAGUUUGUGGCUUUUAGAUGUUGUCAAUAAAAAUAAAAUUGUUACUGUCUUUUUAAAUAAAA